AUGAAGGAUAUUACAGAAAAUUUAAACCUAAUAAAGGGCGAAAAGCUGCAAUUUAUAAUGGAAGAGCUAAAAGCGGAAGUUCUAAAACAACUUUGUUCUAUAAAUGAUGAAGUUAUGAAUUCAGCCCAAUUGAUUACCAGGCUAUUCGUGGAACCACAGCAGAAAAAGGAAGAUAUAACACAUACAGAAAUAGACCAACUUACCCAAACGGCUCAGUCUGCUGAGAAUGAGAGAAAACUCAAACAAUCAUCUAAGCUACAAGAAGCUGUUAAACUCUUAUGCGAUACAAUUGAAUCUUGUGGUGAUGAAUGUGACAAAAACUCUCAAGACAUAAUCGAAAAUUCUUUCAUGAAACUCAUGAAGGUAAUUAUGGAGAACAACGAUAUAUUUUAUCAAAGAAGUCUCGAGAAAAUCAUUGCCAUGGUAAAAGAGAAUUGGACAGCUAGAGCACAGAUUAGAUCAAGAAUACAAUAUUUUAAGAAGUACCUAGAAGACUUGUCCCGAACAAGUCCAGCUGGACAGUUGAGCACGACAGGAACCACAGCCACCACUUCACAGCCUCAAACAACUCCCCAGCCCCAGUCUCUGUCUGAUAAGCCGUCUAAACAGACUUUUCAAGCCCAAUCUCACAAUGUUGCGCCAUCGCAACCGCCCUCGCAUGGUAGUUAUGGUUAUGUAGUACCAGCUAAUCAGCAACAACCUGCUUGUCAACAACCAACUCAUCAGCAACCAAUUUAUCAACAAUCAGUUUACCAACAACCACAAUACUAUACAGGAAUUUAUACAGCGCCACCUGUAUUGUCUAAUUACCUCCAUCAUCCCCAACAACAACAUUUGGGGGUUGAUCUGAAUAAAAGCCUGCAGCCAGAGACUCUUGAUAACCAAAAUCUAGGGAAUCCCCCAAUUGACCAGUAUAUUGAAGAUUCAGGGGAAAGAAUUGAGAGAUAUGAUAGUACUAUCAUCUUGAGACCAGAUGUUACUUUCUAUGGAAGUAUAUUUCAAACUAAUUUGCAACAACUUUUGCAGAACACUAAGAAUAAUAAGAGUCCCCCCAACAUAGAUCUGAGGCCUGUGGUAGCUAAAGCCCAUAUAUUAAAGAUUCAGAGACUAUUAAUCUCAUUCCAUGUGGCUCCUAUAUAUUGGGAUAAGUAUCUCAGGAAUACUCUACACACCACUCCUUGUAAUAAUUUUUCAAAAAGUGUUCCAUUACCUCGACAAAGAUAUUGGACAUAUUUGGUUCUGUCUUUGUUACAGUUUUUUCCAUACGCUGAAAAGAGUCUGAGAGAACGUAAAAAGGUCGAAUCACUCUGGCCUCAUAAUGGAGAAUCGGUCCCAGACUUCAUUAAUGGAGGAAUUGAACUUUGCAGUGAUACACAAUUCACCCCGACUAUCAUAAAAAUGUUCCGCACGAUCUUAAAAGAGGCCUUAGUUAUUGGGAAACUUUCAAACAUAUCCACUCGUUUUGAUCAUGUCGAAAAUAUAAUUGAUCUUAAGAGGUUGAUAAAUUCAGGUGAAUUCAACUCAAGAACUUUCACACUUGAAGAUGUUAACCAGGAAGUGAAUCACAAAGAAGAUUCUUGUCACACAAUGUUUGAGCUGCUGUCUCAAAUUCAGAAUGAUAAAAUUCAUAAUUUUUUGUCCAAUAAGUUUGGUCCACGUUUUUAUCGUGAUAACACUCUUUUUUGGAGUAGAAAUUGUCAAUGUGAAAAAUGCACAUUAGCUGAGAAGUUGCACAUGGCGCAAGAUUCACGACAGAGACGGUCUGGCAAAAGAAAAAUAUCCCCUCUGAAUGGAAGAACCAAUGUUCGCGCGCGCAUGCUGUGUGAUGACUUAGAAGCCGGUAUAGAUCACUUAACCGAUGGCAUGGAAAAUACCUGUAUGUAUGAAGGCAGUGAGUUGCUCUUUGGGAACAAGUGA